AUGUCAGGAGCUCCCACCACCGCCGCUUCCUCCGGAAACCACAGCCUCCUCCAUCUCCCGACCCCAACACUCGACGCGGAGUCUCAAUCCCUGUUGCAGUCAAUCUCCGCUCAAGGCGGUUACGCCUAUGCUCGCAUGGCGGCGCUAGCAGUCGCCGGCGACCAAAGCGCGGCGGAGGCGGCGCGUGAUAUGGCCUGGGAGCAGCUUCACUCCGGUCCUUGGCACUCUGUUCUCCCCGUCUGGCGCGACGCUUACUCGAUGGCGUGUCUCCACGUUGCAAAGUUCCAUUUCGCCGCUGGGGAGUUUGGGGAAGCUCUCGGUGCGCUUGAUAUGGGACUUAUCAUGGGAGGGAUGCUUCUCCGGAAAGACCUUCAUGAUUCUGUUCUCUUGGUCUCCUCUGAAGCUCGUAAGAAGGCCAAGAGUCUGGAAGCUUCUGGAGAUUUCCAGGGUGAGAAACUUGUCCCUGAAGUUCCCGUCGAUGUCAAUGAGGUGCUAAAGAUUCUACCUUUAAGGUCGUUGACUAGUGGAAGAGUGGAGAAGAGGUCUGAUUUAUCUUUGGAGGGGUUUCUACGUGAUUAUUUUCAGACAGGUACACCUGUUGUUAUAACCAAUUGUAUGGCUCAUUGGCCAGCUAGGACCAAGUGGAACCACUUUGACUAUCUCUCUUCUGUUGCUGGUAACCGUACCGUUCCUGUAGAGGUGGGGAAAAACUAUUUGUGUUCAGAUUGGAAGCAAGAGCUUGUGACGUUUUCCAAGUUCCUUGAACGGAUUCGGACCAAUAGAUCCACGGAACCUACUUAUCUUGCUCAGCAUCCUUUGUUUGAUCAGCCUGAUCAUCUCGCUGGAUUGAAGCCUGAUGUCUGA